AUGAUUAAAGAAACCUAUAAUUACUAUUCUGAGUCGCUGCACUCUAAUACUUUCGGCCAUAUCGCUCGAGCUCGACCUCCAUCGCUGCGCGCCAAUCUGCGGCAUCUGCGGCAAAGCCAAUCGGCCGCCAUCGCCACAACCUGGUCGGAGGACAUCGUCGCCAUCUUCUCGGCGGAGUAUUCGCAUCAGUGCAUCGAGGAGCAAAAACCUGCGCAGUGGGUUGAGCGAGUUCAGGUAGGUGGGAAGUGGGGAAAGAAUAUUAAGCAGAUUUUGAAAAGCGUUGGGCAUAAAGUCUAUACAGAUCCAACUGCAGAUAGCGAAUCAGAGGAUAGCAGGAAGAACAGAGGAGAAAGUAGAGUGCAGAAGGGAGUGAAAGAAGAAUCUGGUAAUGAGGAUAAAGUCAAGGAAAGAAAGAAAGAAGAACGAGAGAAACGGGAUCGAGAAAAGAAAGAGGAAGAAGAAAGGAAGUAUCAGUUGAAGAAGGAACAAGAGAAGAGAGAGAUGGAAAGAAAGGCGCAAGAGCAAGAAGAACAAGAAAAGCAGGAGGAAUUAGAAGCAGAAUGGAGAGAGUUUGUGCUUUGGAAGCAAGAUAAAUUGUACAAGGAAGCAACAUCAAGUAAAAAUAAAUUACAGGACGAUGAUACAGGGCCGCCGAAGAGCAGUAAGAGCCAAAAAUCUCGUCUGAGUCUAGAGAAAGAGAUGUUUUAA